AUGGCUGUGUCGGGUGUUGGAGAAGCGGUGGCUGCACCAAUCCUUGGAUACUGGACGAAUCGUACUGGACUUGUUGUGCCGCCACUGAUCGGUUCCAUUAUGAUGUCUAUUAUUGGGAACGUUAUCUACAUGUGUCUAAAUGAAGUGCCCGUUCCAUGGAGAAAAUCUGGCCUACUCCUGUCAAGAUUCUUGAAUGGAGCUGGAAGUGGUAACCGUGGAACAUACUUUGCGUAUAUCGCAGCAGCCAGUGAGCCCGGUGAUCGCGCCCGAUCAAUGGCGCUUUCGGGCGGUGGUGCACUAAUUGGACUCAACAUUGGACCAGCGGUCCAGAUGCUUUUCACGUGGAUCGGCUCGGACGGAAUUGACAUCGGAUUUAUGCGAAUCUCUAUGUAUACAGCUCCGGCCGUUCUCGCCAUUGCGAUUAAUUUAGGAUGUAUGCUUCUUCUAAUGUUCCUGAAUGACGGUCUUGAUCGGUACAAUACUCUUGAUUCGGAUAGUGUUUCAACCUACAGUAUAGCUGCUGCUGAAGAUUCGGAUUUGGAAAGAAAUUCUGUAAAAACCAUGAGAAUGGAUGUACUGGCAGUGGUGGUUUGUAUGUGGACAAGAGCUGCUAGAAUGCUUAUUACUGCUAAUGUUGAGAGCAUAGGAUCACCGUUCUCGCAGGUGAUGUUCGGUCUGGAUAAGGAACAAGUCCUGAAUUAUAACGCGAUGAUGCAAGGGGCCGUUGGUGUGCUCACAACUGUGAUGUUCGUCGUCUAUGUCUUCACUCCUUAUUCUAAAUGGAUCUCCGAACGUUUGAACUGCCUUGGUGCAAUGGUUGCACUUCUACUCUUCCACCUGAUUACCUUCUCCUGGCCGUUCCUUCCAGGAAAACUUCUCGAAUGUUCUGUGGACGGAGCAAACAGCACGGAACAACGUUGGGAAUGGUGCGAAACAUUGCGACCGAUCAGUUUCUGGCUGUAUUAUGUCAGCUAUCCGUUGAUCUUCGGCAUCGCAUUGCCAUGCUUAAACAAUUCGCUGCAAUCAUUAUACAGUCAAAUCCUCGGGAAAGGAAGACAAGGAACCAUGCAAGGUCUGAAUCAGGCGGUCGGAUGUAUUUCGCGUAUCUGUGGACCCUUGCUUAUGUCAACUACUUUUGCAAGCUUUGGACCUCGAGCAACAUGGAUUAUCGAGAUUGGUUUGAUCUCCAUCUGCCUCGUUAUCUGGUGUGCUGUCUAUCGCAGAUUGAUGCCAGCCGUGGAAAUCAAAGAAAGAAACAUCACAUUAAGUACUCAUGGUACAGAGAAUCCGUUCUGUAGAAUAGAUAGCACCUCGACUGUGAUCUCAACAGUCAGCAAUUCGAAGAAAUUCUAA